GGGCCUCUUGGAGCGAUUGGUCGGCAGCUGUAGCCACCCAAAUGUCACCGUCUCUCUUCUCACGGAGGAAAGGAGCGGGCCUGUCCACCAGAAAUACCAUAGUUUGACCGAAUAAGAAAAUGGUUGCCCCCGUGAGGCCAUGACAGAGGGGGGAAAAGGGCUGCUCAGCGCACCACCUCGCUAGAAUACGAAAUCCACGCUCGCGACCUAUUGAGUGCGGCCGACUGAGGGCGGAACGACAACGAUCGCGCCGGAGCCAACUGCAGCUGCGCAGAGUCGCAUUUCCGUCCUCGGCCCCUCCCCCAGCCUGCAGAACGAUCUGUCAUGGCGACCGGGCUGUUAGCUUUGUGCGUUCGCCGCACUUUGGCGUUAGCGGCGAAGCGAGGACUCCCGGCCGCCGGGGUUCGCUGGGAGUCCGGCUCGACCAGGGCUGUAAUCGCCCCGACCGCUGUGGAGGAAAAGCGGACGUCCGCACCGACACUACGCUGGCAGGAGGACCCGGAUCCCGAGGACGAAAACUUAUAUGAGAAGAACCCAGACUCCCACGGUUAUGACAAAGACCCAGUGGUGGACCUCUGGAACAUGCGGGUUGUCUUCUUCUUUGGCUUCUCCAUCGCCUUGGUCUUUGGCACCACCUUUGUGGCUUAUCUACCUGACUACAGGAUGCAGGAGUGGGCCCGACGGGAAGCUGAGAGGCUUGUGAAGUACAGAGAGGCCAAUGGCCUCCCCAUCAUGGAAUCCAACUACUUUGACCCCAGCAAGAUCCAGCUGCCAGAGGAUGAAGACUGACCUGCUGCUGAAUGGAGUUCAAGAAGCACCACUUUCUCCACCCCCUGUUCUCCAUUCUGCCCUCUCUUCAGAACACCUAAUUAAAGGGACUGAAGGUCUGA